AUGGAACAGCUUCCCAGAGAGCAGGGCGUCUGUCUGUCUUCCUGGGUAUCGUAUCCGUACCUAGCAUCAAAUUCCAUUACCACCUCUCGCACGCGUCGCAUCCUCACACACGGACGGAAAAAGUAUCUUGUACUUUUGGUUUCACGGCAUUUCAGGCGGCGCCCGUCGAACGAGCCAGCUGGCCAGGUGUACCCAACUACCCAUCAGGUACUCCGUACACGCACACACGCCCGCCCGCUGCUUCUCUUCCCAAGUUCCCACUCGCCCAGCAAUGCACAGGGGUUCUGUCAGAGCUCUUGGCAUGACAGCAAGCCUGGCCGUGCCUUGAUUCACCGACUCUCAGUACGCCUCGAACUCUUUCUGUCUCCCUCUCCCCGUGCAAGGUUUCUCGCUAGGAUUCAGUCUAGAUGUGUAGAUGUGUACCUGCCUGUUCAUCGGCUCCCCUUGCUACAUAUGCAACGAAGCCGAACAUGUCACGAACUCUCUUGCUCUCUUUCGGAUUGA